AUGAGUCGCAAAUCCCAAAUGUCCUUCAGGUGCCAAGUGUGCGACAAAGUGUUCGGUCAAAAGGGCCAUCUGAUGAUUCACAAGAAUGUCCACGCGGAGGUCAGGCCCUUCGGAUGCGACACCUGCGGCAGGCGCUUCACUCAGAAGGGGAACCUCCUUCGACACUCGGUCUUGCACACCAACGAAAAGCCCUUCGGAUGCGGCAUCUGCAGGAAGUUCUUCGUGCAGAAGGCUCAUUUGGUGAAACACGUCGUGGUGCACAGGCAGAGGCUGGCUGCCCUCAAAAGGUGUCGGCGGAGGGAGGCGUCCGAGGUAGGGCCUUCCGCUGAAGCCAAGGAAACCUCCCUCAGGUGCAAGGUCUGUGGAUUACAGUUCAGUCGGAUUUUCAAGCUGAUGGAACACCUGAAGGUCCAGCAUAUUCUCGGUAAUUUUAUUCAUAGAUACAAGGGGGCGUGGAGGGAAGGCCAAAUUCCUAGAGGAGGCGUGGUAAUGUUCGGCCAAAAGGGUCAUCUGGAGAUUCACAAGGUGAUGGAGAUGAAGGAGGUGAGGCCCUACGAAUGGGACACCUGCGGCAGGCGCUUCACUCAGAAGGGGAACCUCCUUCGGCACUCGCUCUUGCACGCCAACGAAAAGCCCUUCGGAUGCGGCAUCUGCAGGAAGUGCCAAGUGUGCGACAAAUUGUUCGGUCAAAAGGGCCAUCUGAUGAUUCACAAGAAUGUACACGCGGAGCCCUUCGGAUGCGGCAUCUGCAGGAAGUUCUUCGUGCAGAAGGCUCAUUUGGUGAAACACGUCGUGGUGCACAGGCAGAGGCUGGCUGCCCUCAAAAGGUGUCGGCGGAGGGAGGCGUCCGAGCGAGGGUCUUCCGCUGAAGCCAAGGAAACCUCCCUCAGGUGCAAGGUCUGCGGAUUACAGUUCAGACGGAUUUUCAAGCUGAUGGAACACCUGAAGGUCCAGCAUAUUCUCGGAAGAGAAGGAAAAUAG